ACUGCAUAUACCACCUCAUACUGUGCAGCUGAUCCAAGUAGCAACAUGAAGCAAGCAUUAUAUAGUCUUAAUUUUCUACAGUCUCUUUUUCCAAAAGUCAAGUCGCCCUGAAUAUCCCAAAAAUAGAAAAAUGUGGCUUAUUAUUUUAAACAUGCAGCAAAAAAUUAUCUGCCUUCUUGUCACUUGAUCGAUCGAAUGAAGUUUACGCCAAACAUUGACAGAUUCCAAAAACGUUACGACACUGCUACCAAAAUUCAUGUCUCGUUCGAUGAGCCAGAAGAGAACCAUAAUGGAAAAAAGCGUGCUGCCCAAGAUAGCAACAACGACAAUUCUCGAAAGAAGAACAAGGUAGACAACAAGAACAACAAAGACAAGGGCAAUAAAAACAAAAAGGCAGCAAAGAAGGAACUAACCGAAGAAGAAAUACUAGCCAAAGUAGCUGCGAUCCGUUUAAAAAAAAAACUCAAGAGGAAAAACAAGGCUAAUGUCAACGGUCAGUUGAUCACUCGUGCCGCCUUUCAAUUCAAUCCCAAGAGCCUAACACAGGCAAUACCAACGACACAGAUACGUGAAUUCAUUCUUUACGCACUUUCAGAAACUUGCAAUCUGCCUUGGUGCACCAUUAUCAAUAAAUCACAAGUCGAACGGUUGGUCGUGAUCUAUGCACCUGGAUUGAACUGCUCUUAUUUUGGUCUGCCUCAGGAGUCGAACUUACCAUUUGUUGAUCUUCAAGAUCUUCCCAAAGAGGCAUGGAUUGGUAAAUCGUCCAUGCCCUUUUUGACAAAACAGAGUCGGUAUAUGCUUGUUCACAUGAUCUCGGGCGAAAAGGAAAAAUUGAGCUCGCCUGUAGCCGAUAUGUUGCAGUGUAGCAUAUCUAAUUCAAAAAAGGAAAAGCUGAUUGACGAAAACCAAAAAAAAAUACAGGCAUUUAAGGAUAACAUGAGGGAAUAUUACAUGUUGACGUUGGAUGAGAUGAAAAAGGCAGGAUUUCCGAUACCCACAUGUUUAGAUCCAACCGCUGCUUUACCUGAUGGCUGGAAAGAAACUCGACCCCCUGUGGACGGUGUCAUGAAGCCUGUUAAACGAAUCAUUGCAGUAGAUUGUGAAAUGGUCAUGACGGAAAAGGGCAGCGCAUUAGCUCGUAUUACGCUUAUUGAUGAAGAUGGCAGUAUUUUAUUAGAUGAACUUGUCAAACCUGAUGCGCCCAUCACUGAUUACUUGACACAGUAUUCAGGUAUCACUCCUGAAGCUAUGGGCGCCACCACAUGCUCUUUACGCCGCGCUCAAAAACAUGUGCGAAAGAUUGUCGAUCACAACGUCAUCUUGGUUGGCCACGGUCUAGAAAACGAUUUGAAAGCAAUGCAACUAGCUCACCCUUACUGCGUUGAUACCUCUAGAUUAUAUGAUCAUAUGCGAGGUCCACCUUAUAAGCCUUCACUGAAGCACUUGGCGCGUACCUAUUUACAGAGAAACAUUCAGGGACAUAAUCAAUCCCUCAUGGGUCACGAUUCAGCUGAAGAUGCUCGUGCCACACUAGAUUUGUUCAAACUCAAGCUUGCGAAUAAACCUCGAUUUGGUCGAUUUAAAAAGGUAGAACUCGUCUUUGACCGUCUCAGCGCCAAUCGUCCCCCACGAUCCAGCGCCAUUCUUGAGAGCGCAAGAUCUGCCACAAGGUUGUUUGGCGAUACGCUCUCGGGUGACUAUCACCGUACAGAUACAGAUGAGGAAUUAGUGGAGCUGACGUUGGAAAAGAUCAAGGAGAAGAAUUUCUUGUUUACUCGAUAUAUUACAGCAGAUGACACAUUAACGCGUCAACAGCAGCAAGAUAGCGGGGCGCCCACUGUGCUUCCCAGUGCUGCCAGUGAUGCUCAACGUGCUACUCAGCUUCAAACAUUAGACUCGUACAUUCGACGUGUUUAUCACGGAUUACCUGAGAACUCCUUUUUGGUUGUUGUUGGCGGUGUUUGCAAUAUCCCUCAAUACAAAGCAUUAUAUGACAGAUACAUGCAGUAUAAGCAAAAGUAUGGAAACAAUGCAAAAUCAAAGAGUAUACCAGAAGAAGAAAAAUGGACAUUGGAGGAUCGAAAAGAGCUGCAUGCAUACGCUAAAGCUGCGAGAACAAGCGCAUCCUUCUUUAUGUUUAAGUAAUAAAUCUUUUAUUCAAAAGCGCGCAUUUCAUUUUUACCUUUUUUUAUGCCGGC